UGUAACGCUCCUCCGGUCCGGCAUCAGACUCCUCCAUCCGUCCGCGCGGCGCUGCACCUGCGAGCAGAGCUGCCAUUGAGUACCAUGGCAAGACAAGAAGCACGCAAAAACAUUUAAACAGGCGCCUCUCCUCCAAAAGACAAGACGGGAGGCAGAAUGAGUGAAGAGGUGCCAGUUUCUCCCAGCUGGCUGGCUCAAGAGCCCACCUGGGUCAGCAGCGGCGCAGGAAGCAUAGAAAACAUCACCGUCGGAACAUACCCACCUGCGGUUGUCUUGCCGGCGAGGCCGCCCGCUGAGUUGCUGGUAAACCCAUGGGACAUCGUGCUGUGUUCAUCCGGCACCCUUAUAGCCUGCGAGAAUGCCCUGGUGGUUUUGGUCAUCUGGCAGAACCCAGCACUGCGUGCCCCAAUGUUUCUGCUGAUCGGCAGUCUAGCUCUAGCUGACUUAUUGGCUGGUUUAGGGUUAGUCCUGCACUUUACCUUCGCUUACCUGCUAAGAUCUGACUCGGCACAGCUGCUGACUGUAGGUCUGGUGGUGGCAUCCUUCUCAGCAUCUGUAUUUAGCCUGUUAGCUAUUACCAUCGAUCGCUACCUGUCGCUAUACUACGCCCUCACCUACAACUCCGAGCGAACGGCCGCGUUCACAUACACCAUGCUGGUGCUUCUAUGGGGAGUUUCAUUGUGUUUGGGUUUGCUGCCGGUUACCGGUGUGAACUGCUUGGGCCAGGAGGAGAACUGCAGUGUGGUUUGGCCCCUAACAAGAAACAACGUAGCCGUUCUGUCCAUCUCCUUCCUUCUACUGUUCGGCCUCAUGCUUCAGCUCUACGUGCAGAUUUGUAAAAUCGUCAUGCGUCACGCGCACCAAAUCGCCCUGCAACACCACUUUUUAGCUGCAAGUCCUCACUACGUCACGACGCGGAAAGGCGUAUCCACCCUGGCGAUCAUUCUGGGCACAUUCGCAGCUUGCUGGAUGCCGUUUACGGUUUACUCGCUCAUAGCCGAUUAUACGUACCCGCCCCUUUACACAUAUGCCACCCUGGUUCCCGCCACCUACAACUCGGUGAUCAACCCCGUAAUUUACGCCUUCCGCAAUCAAGAGAUUCAGAAAGCGUUGUGGCUGGUGUGCUGCGGAUGUAUCCCUGCCAGCGUGGCCCAUCGGGCACGGACCCCCAGUGAUGUCUGAUGUGCCUAGGGAAUUACACAGGCCAGAGAUUCCCCCAAUACCCCCGGGACGAAAAGGGGUGUGUGUGUCACCCAUUUAUGUCUUCCCCUAAUUGUUAUGUGACAACCACUGCCACAAAAUCGUUGCCUGAUCCCAAUCCGACCAGCUGCCACAUCCUUUCCAAGAAAAAAAGGGGAAGAAAUGGAUGCUGUGUGGCAGUCAGCUGUAAAUAUCUUGUGUGUUUGUGUGUGUGUGUGUGUGUGUGUGUGUGUGUGUGUGUGUGUAUAUAUAUAUACACAUAUGCUUUUCCAUUUUUGUGGUUGUUUUGGCUUGGCCACAAAGACAGCCCCUGUUGCACAGGCUGUGAGGGAGAAGGAAGAUGAGGGGCAGCACGAGGCAGUCCUCUUGACUGCAUCCUGAAGUUCAUUCAUCUCGUCCUGCUGUUGCUGCAUUCAAGAACGUGCGCUGAACGUUAAGUAACCGCGGUGUGCUAAAAAUAGACCAGGGGCUCGGUGAUCCGCGACUUGCAUCCUCUGAAUAUACCGACCCGGAGAACGCACGCACGCGAGAGAGAGGGAGACAGGCACGCUGUCUCUUCUGUUUGAUUUAAACCCCAACCCAAGCGUGGCCGAAUGUAAAAUGUCCUCCAAAGCAGAAAACCAUGAAGAGCUAACUACAAUCUCAGAAUGAGAACCACUCUAUAAAUAACCGAACCCAUCGAUGCCUUUAUUUUGGUUUAGAAUGGAAGUCGAACUGUCUCUGCAUUAUCUUCCAUAAAUGAAAGUGACUGGGAGAAAGUGUAUGUGUGUUCAUCUAAACAGCCCCCUAUGAGUAGAGGCUCACUUCAAAGAACUGUUGAGUACAAAACGUGCAUUAAGUGGCUGAGAAUAAGAGGUUUGUUUAUAUGCAGCGACAUGGAGGAUGGAACCGAAUGUAUUUUCUAUUGAUUUGCUUUUAAUUUGCAUUCUCAUUGUCGCUCUGAAUAGAGCACUGCUCCAUUUAUUAUGUUCAACUGGUAAUUAUUACUGGAUAUGGGAUAGCUGUCACAAUGGUAGUUUAUAGCAGUUUGCUUGAAUUUUAAGUGUAUUGCAUUUGCAAAGAAUGAUGAUUUGGGCAUGGCAUUAUAGAUAUAUUAAUUAGAGGUAUUUUGUUUGAAACAAUGCGUGUAAAGCUUUUCACCCCACAAUCAAAAGAAAAUAAUUAUUGUACUUUGACAUUAUUUUCACAAACACAAUUCAUAUGAUUUAUAUAACCCCCUCCCCAAACAAAACAAAUCAAGCUUGAAAAAUUUGUAACAACUCAGAACACUUUUUCAGCCAUUUUAUACAUGGCUAAUGGAUGACGCAUAUAUGUCAAAGAUAUCUGAAAUAUAAUGUUAUAUAAUACAUUUAUAAUCAAAUUAUAUAAUUAGUUAUAAUUAUGUAAUUUUAUAAUGUUAGUUUUCUUGUAAUUAAUAGAUGCUUAGGUUAGGGUGUAAAAAUUGACUUAUCUAUUAUGGAAGGCCAACAUUAAAUAAUAUUCCCAAAAUAAUUUGCUUCAUUGUAAAAAAUAUUUUGAUUUUGGGGUGAAAUAUGACCUGGGCAAGAUUUCAUGAGAUUCACCCCUGAUAAAUGAUAUUCUAAAAUGAUGAAACUGUUCAAAGAUGUGCCAGCCAAGCAACACUUCCACUCUUAGAUGAGCCUUCCGUAGAUUUACAUUCAAUUUGAUUGUUAGUAAACUGGUCAAUCUCCUCAAACGGUCCACACAAUACGAUUAUAAUGAGGUAAACAGCUGGCCUCUUAAACCUAGCAAAUGUCAGAUGAGGGAGAAUGUUAUUAUGAAAUCAAUCUUCUCGUACUUCCAUCGCAUCUGGGGCUGGAGUCAUGCUACUAUUAUGAGCUGAAGUUCACCCCUGCUUUUUACCUUAUGCCCUCCAAAUGCCAACCAGCCACUAUCCAUUUCAGUGCUGUGGCAGAAUCCAUCAGCGAGCAAUAACUAAGGACCAAGCGUUUCAUCAAAUAAUAGCAAUAUUCUGGCAGCAAUAACAGCCGUUCUCAAGCAAAACCAACACCUCAGCUAGAUGGAGAAAAAAAAAAACAUCCAUGAAAAAACCACCAAGAAUAUACGAGUGGAUUCCAAUAAAGACUGAAAACUGUACUUAUUUCAACAUCAUCCAAAUGAUAUUAGUGAAUUUGGGAUUAGAAAAUAAAGCAGAAACUGGACAGAUGUCCCAAUCCCUGUAAACAUGUCCAUAAUCUCACAGCCUCGUGUUCUCUCGACCAGAAAGUGACUGAGCCCUGCCUGUGGUCAUUUACGAUAUCUAACUAUGAAUGAAACCUCUCUGUACACUCAAUGUGACCUACUCUGCCGUAUGCAUUUGCUUUUACGAACUUUAAAGAUGCUUAUAAUGUGUGAGGAACGUGAUGUGUAAGGCGUGACUGUCGGUGCAUGUGUGUGCGUGUACGUGUGAAUGCAUGCAUAUAUGUCCGUCUCUCCAGGGACAGUGAUGUAGUUGGGGGUAAUGAUAUAUAUUCCCCAUAGACCUGCAUGGGCUAGAGUGGAUACCAGUCUUCCCAUUGCACCCUCUUUACAUCGUGCCUGCGGGUCGGACACACCCUCGUGACCUUUUUUGCCUGAGUGACCUCUAUUUGAUUCCACUGAAACAGCACAUGAGCGAUAGGGAGCAGGUUUGCGAGUUUUAAUAGGGCUUAGCAUGGAGGCGAUGAUUGGUCAGUUGCGGGCCUCGUCUGAUCUUUGAGGAAUAACUUAUUUUGCUAUAUUUAUCGAAAGUCUCUAUUUUUUUCCCCCUCAGUCUGGAUUCUUUCGGAAUUCCUGAGAUUUUUUUUUGUAUUCUGAUGCGCUGUACGGUCUCUUCUGAAUGUAUCGGCAAAGGAAUUAUUAUCAUUACUAUGGCCGAUCGUCUUGAUUCUGUAAAUAAGGCAUGAUACUUUAAGGAGGCAUGAUGGCAACUCUCACCUGAUGUCAGGGAGUGAUUUGGUGAUGACGUAUUUUUGUAACCUGAAAGUUAGCAUCACCCUGGAUUCUACUGACAAAUACCAAUAGGAUUUUUUUCAGUGGCUUUUGGAUUAUUGCAGAAAAAAAACUCUGUGACCGUCAAAAAUCCUGAUAGUCGUCAUAAUAAUCUUCACAAAUUAAUUUAAGCCUAAAUACAUUCACCAGAAGUAAAAAGAUGAACAGAGUCAGGUUACCAGUUAACAUUUUUUGGUUCCCAGAACAUAUAUUCUAAGGUUCUCUGUUGGUUAGCCAGAAAAGUUUUCUUUAUGUAAAUAAAAUGUUACCUUUAGGUUAAGAGAAGUUUCCUAGAACGUUUUUAUUUGGUUCCCCCAAAAAUAACCAAAAGGGAACCAUAUAGGAACAGUAGUGUAACGUGCUGUGUUUGCUGGGUAGACACCAUGUUGAAUUUAAUGCGGAAAACAAGGCUGUGAGUUACAAAGGCACUCACUGUAUAAAGGUCCUACACCACAGAAUUUUUUUUUUUCAGAAACAUGUUUCUUCGGCUGUCAUCAACAGUCAGUGUGUAGACAACAGUACAAUCCACUGAACGCCCUACUUUAGUCCCUCACAGCCUUGUUUCCAUUUCUGUCAAACUAUUAAAUGUAGGGCUACCCUGACUUGGGACUAAACUAAAAUUGCUUGCAAGAGCGUGAUUAUGAACCAUUUUAGGUGAACUAUAAGUGAACUAUGAGUAGAUUAAUUUACCUGUUUUGUAUGUAUUUUUGAGACUUUGGAGCCCCAUACAGUUAAGUGAGUGGAACUCACAGUCAUAAAUAUAUCACUGUGGUAAUAACAGUAGCUGGCGGUAUACGUGCAUUUGUUGCUGUCCAAAGCAAUCCACCCUUUUCGCGAAUUUUAUACCCGCUCCUCUAAAUAUACUCCUAGAACAUGUUUGGCGUUUUAAAAGGAUUUUAUAACUGAGUUUUCAAAGUCAAAAACGACAACAACAACGACAAACAUACAUAAAUAUGGUUUCUUUAAUGUGCACUGAAAGUCCCAUUUAGCUACUAGUUAGCAUCUAGGUUUUUCAAUACUUUAAAAGCUUUAAAAUGUCACAAGAUAUUGAUGUAUUUUAUUUUAUAUGAAAUAUCUUGAGCUUUUGUUAACCACAGAUCUUAUUUCAGAUAUUUAACUAAAACCCAAAUAACAUUGACUUCAGGAUGAUCAAACUAGAAAUGCUAAACCCUUAUUUCUGGUUAAAGCCUACAAAAAUACGUCAUUCCUGCAAUGCUUUAUUCUGAAACAGUUAACCCUGAGCCACAUUUCAGUGUCUCCUAUUGCCUGGGCAUGCUUGUCUACGGCUGAUUGAGAGGGUUAAUGCUCGAUGCACAGCCGUUUGGUCAGAAAUGACAGCGGGAUUAUCACGGUGGCUUUUGAGGGUUAGGCCUCUGCCUAAAACAUCAUAUCUCCUUCUGUUUUUAAAAAGAGCUUUGUAAAAUGAUGUUACCAUGCUUUGUGCCUGGUCACUGGUGGAUUUUUCAAAUGCAGAUUGACAUUUGGUGACUGAAUCUUUGAUUUAAAUAGACUUGUAUCCAACUGUAGAUGUGUUCUGUAAUCUAAUGUAAGAGCUUGAAAAUGUCAAACUAGAGGGCGGAAAAGGGCUCGGAUGGGAGUCUGCCUCCGAUUCUGGUUUAUUUGAAGAGCUGAAAAGAAAAUCAUGUCUGGAUUGAUGUCUUGUGAGGAAACUUUAUACAUUUUACACUAAGAUUCAGACUCGUUCUGUACAUUAUUUAGAAACUAGAAUCGAAAUCUUGAACAAUCCAAGGGGCAGUCGGGUGCAUCAGUUUCAGCAUCUUGUGUACAUGUAUGCAUAGUUUUAACUGUGAAAUGCACUUUAUUUUUUUGAUGAGAAAAGGCACAACAAAUGACUUGUCUGCAAAACAAUAUUAUAAGGAUUAUAAUCAACAUGCACUAAUUAACAUCGUAAGACAUUGUGUUAACGUGUUGUCUAUUUUUCCAAGGUGUUGGUUGUAUACUUUUAUUGCUUUGGUUAGUUUAAUGAACUGAGAGAUCUUGUUAAUUUUGUAUUAAAAAGAAU